AUGAACACGCUGCAACAGCAUCAUGAGGACCCAGGAUCCAGAUCGUCCUCAGUUCCCAUACUGCAGGGUACUAUUCCCUGCCAUCGAUUUACAAUUGCCUGGAUAUGCGCAUUGCACAUCGAGAGAGCGGCAGCACGGGCGAUGCUAGACGAAACCUUCGAGUCUGCGCAUGUACUCGUUCCCAGCUCUGACAUCAAUGCAUACACGCUCGGUCGUAUCGCGCAGCAAUACAUCGUCAUUGCCUGCUUGCCCGAAUCCCAGUACGGGACCAACAACGCGGCCAUUUUCUUGACCAACCUCAUCAGGACGUUUUCCUCCGUGCGAAUGGCCUUGAUGGUCGGCAUCGGCGGUGAUGUGCCAGGCAGGACAGACAUGCGCCUGGGGGACGUCGUUGUCGGAACAAGAGUCAUGCAGUACGACAUGGGCACGAUAUCCGACAAAGGGCGCUUGAAGCGCACGGCGGUGGCGAGGGUGAUGGAUCUGCUCCCGGGCACUACGGUUUCUUCUCUGCGAUCGCGACCACGAGCUGCAGCCUUGCCGGUUGCCAGAGGUCCUGCGGGACGGGCUUCGCCAGCUCCCUGGAUAUAG